AUGAAGGUAGACGUGUUGGCUAUUCAUCGGGGAAACGGUGAUAGAGAUGAUCUUUUAAGAUACCCUAAGAAGAUGGAUGUGGAAGAUGAAUGUAAAAGUGAGGUCUUUAGGGAUGGAGAUGAGCACAAUACUUUGGACAUGAUUCAUAAAGUGAAUACAUCUUGCGUUGAGAGUAGAGAAGAAAUAGGUACCCUGAAGAGGGAUGUAAAUGGUCAAGGGCAGAUUGUGGUGGAAAGAGAAAGUAAGGAUGGACAUGAGUCUCCUAAGCAGUAUGAGUCUUUGGUAAGGGUAAAUAAGGAUGCGGUGUUGGAGAGAGAUAAUGAAGAAUCUAGUUCAGGUUCACCUGACCCAAAUACUCUUGGUAGAGAGAUUAAAGAACUUGAUACGCAAGUGGCAAAUGGUCAUCUGAAGGUGGAGGAUACAGGGAGGGAUGAGAACAGGGUGUUGGAAAAGGACGCUGAAAACAAUUUGGGUGUGAUGCUGAGGGCUAAAGAUGAUGAACCGCAGAGUCUAAGAUCUGAGACACAAACUGAUGACAAAACUGUUAGAAAUAUGGAAAAGAGCCAAGUUACACGAGAGCAAGACUCUCCCUCGUGUGUUCCGGAUGCAGUUAAAGCAGCUGGAGAGACAUUUCAAAACGUAUACUUUAAUGGACCGGUCUUACCACAGUCACCAUCACUAGGACAUAAGCACGUCCAAAGUGAGAUAGAGACUCCAGGACACAGGCGCACAAAUAGUUUCCAGAGACUGAAAACUCAGAUGCAUAAAGCUUGGCGUGGGGUCAGCAAUCUACACGAGGAUAAUCGUCCCACUUUCAAUCCCGAGGUCUUGGCAAAUCAAAAAAGACAGUGGUACCAGCUCCACUCUUCAAAAGAUCUGGACCAAACUAAGGAACCAACCUCACUCUUUGAACAUUUUAUCAUUGUGGGGCUUCAUCCGGAAACUGAGUUGAAGCCAGUUGAGGAGGCCUUCCGUAGAAGGAAGAAAUGGGAGAUGGAGAUGUCAAGGUAUGAAGUGGCUGACUACAGAAUACUCCGUCACCGUGGGCCUCAGUUUCCAGUAUUGGAGCCACAGAUACUUUUUAAAUACCCUCCUGGGAAGAAGGUGGCAAUGCGUCCAAAAGAUCUAGCAACUUUCUGCUUUCCUGGUGGUGUCAAGGCACGACUUUUGGAGAGGACCCCAUCUCUCAGUGAUCUAAAUGAGCUUGUGUAUGGACAGGAACAUCUAGGAAAAGAUGAUUCAUCAUUCAUAUUUUCGUUCAAGGUAGCAGAUGACGCGACAUUGUAUGGUGUUUGUUUACAUGUCUCGGAGAUUGUUCAGAGACCUCCUGGUGUUUUAAGCACAGCGUCACCCUUGCAUUCAUCUGGAGGAGGCAGUCGUUUUUUGGUAUCUGCACCUCGAUGCUAUUGCUUGCUUACCAGAGUUCCUUUUUUUGAGCUACACUUUGAGAUGUUAAACAGCAUGAUUGCACAGGAGCGCCUAAAACGGAUAACCGAUUUUGUUAGUGAGAUGUCUCUCGCUGCUGCAUGCCAUAGCCCAUCAGUUUCCAGAUUUAAUGGCUGUGUUUCUUCACCUCGUAGCAACCCUGAUAAUUGGAUGGCUUCUGCGAUACCUGUGGAUGGAGUCAUGGCACUCACGGCCGCUGCUGCUGGAUUGAUAUCUGAUAGUGACAUUGAGAACUUUGCAGAACCGCAAUCUCCAGAUAGUGUCGUCACCAGUGAUACUUCAGAGGUAAGUCAUAUCAAGGAAAUAGAAAGAGAUGGGAGAAAAGUUUUUCACUGCUACGAGGACAGUUCUUCUGAAGUAUCUGAGAACCACUUGGAUACCCCCGAAAGAAGGUUUCAAAGCUUUGAGAACGGCCAUGUUUCUCCGGAGAUUACAUGUACCGAUCCUAGGACCCAACCGAUAGAGCAUAUUGAAAGCUGUGAGUCCGUGUUCAGUUCAGCUAAAAGUGUGUUGUCGGAUGAGGUUGAUGAUAUAUCGAACAGCGAAAAUGAUUUUGAAGAUGACUUAGUUCUGGAAUGGGCUAAGGAACAUAACAAUGAUGCGUUACAAUUAAUCUGCGGCUACCAUUCAUUGGCAAUUCCUUCCCGUGGAAGUGAAGUAGUUUUCCAGCCGCUGGAGCAUUUGCAAUCUAUCCAGUAUACACGGCCACCUGUUUCAGCUCUUGGAUUGUCAGAAGAAUAUAUCUGCUCUUCUGAUUCUUCAGGGAUAAAUGCGAGGUUGGCAGCUGCUGAAGAGGCUAUGGGUCUCUCAAUGUGGACAACGGCAACAGUUUGCCGUAUUCUCUCUCUUGAAACU